GACAGUUUACUACCAGUAUUUCCUGAAAAGAUAAAUCUCCCAAUUUGAUUUGAAAGUUGACUUAGCUGGUGCAGUUUGUGCAGACAGAAGAAGAAAGAGGUACUUUCCAGAGAGCUGGGCCUGACUUACAGAAAGCUUGAUCACCACAGCUCUCCAUUUUAGUACCUGUUCUGCUGAGUAUUCCAUUGCAAGAUGAGCAGAUGUAGAUGCUUUCACCGAAACAUUUACCACCAAUCACAUAUGGACAUAUUUUUCAUCUACAUAGCAUUCAUUAACCAUACCAACGUUUUUUUUAAGUAGACAGAAGCUUUUUGUAUACAACAAUAUGUGUACCAGUAAAGGACCAGUCAUUCUUAUGAUUAUUUGAAAAUAUAUCUACAUUGUAUAUUUUUCAUGCAUGAUAGCAGAGUUCUCAUCGUAUACAAGACAAGAAAUUGAACCAUAAAUUAUAUUCUCAUAUUUCUCAGUUUUUAAGAAUUCCUGAAGAAUAAAUAUGGAGGAUGUUAAUCACUUGGAUACUUCAAACACACCUGUAUUUAACAAUAUAGAUACAUUUACACAAACAUACAGUGAUGAGAAACCUUUAUGCAACGAAACAUUUACUGAAGAAAUAAUAUUACACAAAAAUAUUCCUGAAUAUAACUGUAGCGUUUGUCAGAAAACAUUCUCAUCAAAACAUGGAGUCUCCUUGCACAAAAAAAUGCAUAAUAGGGAAAAACUCUUCCACUGUGAAAUUUGCGGCAAAUAUUUUGUAUCCAACAGUGUCUUGACUAAACAUAAAAAAAUCCACUCUGGAGAAAAACCAUUUCACUGUGAAGUAUGCGAGAAAUCCUUUAUUACUAGCAGUCACUUAAAAAGACAUCAACAAAUUCACAGUGGGAAAAAGCCAUAUCAUUGCGAAGUAUGUGGGAAGGCAUUCAUUGAUAAUUCUCAGCUCACAAUCCACAAACGUAACCACACUGGAGAGAAACCCUAUGCUUGUGAAAUAUGUAAAAAAUCUUUUAUUUCUAACAGUAUGUUAACAACACACAAACGAAUGCACAGUGGAGAAAAUCUGUUUCACUGUGAAAUAUGUGGAAGAACUUUUAUCUCUAAUUCUAAGCUUACAGUUCACAUACGGAGUCACACUGGGGAAAAACCGUAUCACUGUGAAAUGUGCGGAAAAUCUUUUGUCAAUAAUAGCUAUUUAACAAGUCACAAACGAAUCCACUCUGAAGAAAAACCGUUCCAGUGUGAGACAUGUGGAAAAUCUUUUAUUAAGAAUUCUCAACUUGUUAUUCACAUGCGUAGUCACACUGGAGAAAAACCUUUCCACUGUGAAAUAUGCGGAAAAUCUUUUGUUUAUUACAGUGUCUUAACAAAACACAGAAGAAUACACACUGGGGAAAAGCCGUUCCACUGUGAAAUAUGCGGAAAAUCUUUUAUUAAUAAUUCAAAUCUUGGUGUCCACAUACGUAGCCACACUGGAGAGAAACCCUUCCACUGUGAACUGUGUGGAAAAUCGUUUAUGAUAAACAGUAAUUUAACAACUCACAAACGAAUCCACACGGGAGAAAAACCUUUCCACUGUGAAGUAUGUGGGAAAGGUUUUGCCUCUACUGGGGAUUUAACAAAACACAAACGGGUCCACACGGGGGAAAAACCCUUCCCCUGUGAAAUAUGCGGAAAAUCUUUCAUCAAUAACUGGAAUCUUGUUCUCCACGUACGAAGUCACACUGGAGAAAAACCCUAUCAUUGUGAAAUCUGUGGAAAAUCCUUCUCUUUCCAUUCUAGUCUAGUAGUUCACAAACGUAGUCACACGGGAGAAAAGCCUUUCCACUGUGAGACAUGUGGAAAAUCAUUCAUUAAUAAUUCAAGUCUUGUUGUUCACAAACGUACUCACACAGGAGAAAAGCCAUAUCAUUGUGGAAUAUGCAAGAAAUCAUUCAUUAAUACUUCCAAUCUUGUGGACCACAAACGCAGUCACACUGGUGAAAAACCGUUUCACUGUGAGGUGUGUGGAAAAUCGUUUGUGUAUAAUAGUAAUUUAACAACACACAAGAAAAUCCACACAGGAGAAAAACCUUUCCACUGUGAAAUAUGUGGAAAUUUUUUUGUCUCCAAUGGUAAUUUAACAAAACACAAACGAAUCCACACUGGGGAAAAACCCUUUCAUUGUGAAAUGUGUGGAAAAUCGUUUUCCACUAAUUUUCUGUUAAAAACGCAUCAAAAAAUACAUACUGGAGAAAAACUGUUCCACUGUGAAAUGUGUGGGAAAUCUUGCAGUAAUAAUUCUCAACUUGUAGUUCACGUACGAAGUCACACUGGAGAAAAACCUUAUCCUUGUGAAAUCUGUGGAAAAUCUUUUUCUGUUAAUUCUAGUCUAGUAGUUCACAAACGUAGUCACACAGGAGAAAAACCAUUUCGUUGUGAGAUAUGUGGAGAAUCUUUCACUGAUAAUUCUCGUCUUGUAGUUCACAAGCGUAGUCACACAGGAGAGAAGCCAUAUCAUUGUGGGAUAUGUGGAAAAUCAUUCGCUAAUAAAUCCAAUCUUGUAGUCCACAAACGCAGUCACACUGGAGAAAGACCAUAUCAGUGUGGACUAUGUGAGAAUUCUUUUGUCUCUAAUAGAGUUUUAAAAAGACACAAAGAAAUACACAUUGCAAGAAAACAAUCAAACUUGAAAAUGUGA